CCAUUUUUCUCAGAGAUCGUAUGUGGAUUGGAGAAUGGAUAUCCCAGGCAAGGAUGUCAAGUUGGAGUCUGUGGGCGCAAGUUUCAGGAACUUGAGCUAAGUAAUCGAUGAGUCUCUCAGCGAGCUCGCCUUCCGGCUUUAAAGAAAUUUUAGAUUACUAGCAAAGAAUACUUUGUUGCGGCGGCUAAAUUGGGACAUCCUGUUCUUGUUUAUAUAAGAUGGACUCGUUGUAUUGGUGCCACUUAGUCAUUCAGUUGGUGUGGUGUCGAUGAGUGUUCGUGCGUGGAUCAAGUGUUUAGUCUUGUGUCGUUGAUAUGUGAUAAUGGUUGCAUCACAUUGAGUCAAGUAUAUAGGAGGCAUGCCCUUGAUCUAUGGCUCAAUCUGGGCUUAGAGACAAGGAUCUCGCUGCUAGACAUGUCGUUCGAGACAACCGCCAGGUGCAUGCGAAAUAUGAUCACGUGACUACAGAUGGUGUAUCACAAGGGAAAGUAACUAAAGCCGAAAGUAGUGGAAAUCAGGACACUGGUAUCCUGGUAUACAGACUGCAAGGCGUUCUGGUACUUCUGUCUCUGUACUCGACGCAACUCAGUGAAAGUCGAGUUUUUAAGACUCAGUUAAUGCAACUGAAGAAAACGUGUAGCUAUUUGAGAGAGGAGUUGAAGCGAUGCAAAGAGAGUUUGAUGGGAUCAUUGAGUGAUACGGAAGCGAGCGUUUCAUCGCGAUCUGUAGACGAAGAGAACGACUACAGAGGGGAAAGCGACUUGUUUGGUGACUCUCUGUUGUCUUCCAUGCUCAAGGCCAUGCAACUCGAAUUGUCAAAACUUAAAGCGAUGAUUAGUGGGAUAGAAGGGAAGACGGCUGAAGGAUUAAUAAAGGAAAACCACGAACUGCGGUUGUUGUGUCAACAUCAGAGGUCCACCAUAGACUCACUACAGCAAGAGGCGAACAUGUAUCAUCAAUUAAAGUCGUCGAUGUCGUUGAAAAGCAGCAAGCAAGUGCAGCAAACGUUAGAUUACGAUCAUGCUCAGUAUUUUCAGCAAACGUUGGUGAAGGAGUUGGGCAUGAAACUCAACGAACAAAGCGUUGAACUCAAUUAUCUCAGACAGAGAUUGGAUGCCGAGUACUAUGGACGACAACGAAUGGUCACCUGUCUGAGCGAUCUACUGAACGAGCUCGUGCUUCGUUGUCUGCAAAUGCCGUACGUUGCUAUGGAAGCCGAAUUGAAGCAAGCGUUUAUCGACAUUCAAAAAAAGACUGAGAAAUUGUCGGUUGAGUUUCGAGACGAGGUGCUCGUCGCCAUUCAGUUAGCGUCGGAUGUUUCAGCAAGGAGCGAUUUUUUGAGAGCACAAAUGGACGUGACCAUGUACUCUGAAGAGGAACUGGCAGGCAUGUCCGAUGAAGCAGUGAGAGUCAAAGUAACCGAGUUACAGAAGAAGCUGUCGCAGCUGAUGCAUCAGGCAAAGAACAAAGUCAUCGAGCAGAUGAAGAAAUACAAGCAGGCGACGCUCAGAGUCAAAGAUCUCGAAGAACGACUGAACAAAGUGGAGACAGACAAAAGUCUCGUCGAGCUACAGCUGAGUGAAGAAAUCAGGCAGACACAAGCCAAGUUUGAUGCAUUACACAUGUCUUUGGGUAAUCGAAGUUCGUAUGCCGAUAAAGCGGCUCAAUCAGCACGCACUCUUGUCGAGCUCUUAGAGCACCAGAAAUCAGAGAUGGAGUCGCAGUUAAUGAAGCUGCACAAGGAACUCGCCUUUGUGAGCGAGAGCCUACAUGAGACGCAUAAGAAAAAUUUAUCUCUAGAAGACAAAAUUGAAGACAUUCAGAGAAGGGCUGAGGACGAGGCAAAAGCAUCGGUGAAAGUGGAUCUUGAUCGGUUGCAGUCUGAGCUGUCGAGGUUGCAGAGCGAACGCGCUAGACUAACUGAGCAAGUGGACGUGCUAGGUGACAUAGCAAAGGAAGGACAUAAGGCACGACAACUUGCUGAAGACAAGGUGCACACGCUCGAGGACCGAGCGAAAGCGUACGAGUUGGAGAUAAAGGAUUACAAAGUGAGAAAUGCGGAGUUGAUGAAAUUGAAUGUUCAACUCGAAGCGAAGAUGCGCAACCUUGAGACCGAUAAACUAAAGAUCGUCAGUCGAAUGCGUGGCAUCGGGUUAUCACGUGAUGGCACAUCAAACGACCUUGUGCUCGCCGCCGACGUGGCCGAUUCUGGUGUGGUGUAUCACAGAGUGGAAAGUCCAUCACGGACGUUGGUUGAGCAAUCACUCGAGGGUGUGAGUCAUACACGUAGCGGUAGAAAUGAGCAGCAAAUCGUUGCGGGAGCCGAUUUUCAGUCACCCAGUCAGACUGCAUAUGGCAGCCUAAUGAGAUCCGACGUGUUGCACCAGACACCAACAGAUGGCAAUCAAUCUUCAUCGGUUGAGUGUCUACCCCAAGCGGACAGGUUGUCUAGUUUAAUGAGCUACUCUCUGCCUCAGACUUUGCUCAGAGACGAGGCAGGAUCUGUUUUGUAUUCGAGAAGCUUGGGCUCUCAAAUGGGCUCGAUGUCGAAACGCAUCGAGACGAUGCACUGCAUACGAUGUAAUGCAAGAUUUUCGGUGAGCAACUUGGACGACUACGAGAGACACUUAAGGGAAUGCUACCCCGACAUUCAAUGAAACCGAUGUGUACAAUGGUGUGGAAAGUGUUUUUGUCUGCUGUGGCAAUUGAAACCCGGGUGCAUUAUUUAUUAUGACUAAGUCGGAAUGGUCACAUAAUACUGUGAGUAACAACACAAAAUAUGUGCAACACAUGGAAAUGUAUGAUACAACAGCCUGAUGUUGAUAACUUAAGUGUUCGACCGGGUCAUUGUCUAUUUGAGUUCGAGGACGUAGAAACGAGUUUGAGCCUCAGAGCAGGAUUUUGAGUGAACAAGAACUGUUGGGAUGUCAUGGUUCAUGAUAUGUACAUAAUAUCUACGUAUAUACUUUAGACAUGCAGUAUAUCAUUUUGUACAUCUGUACUAUAAGUGUUCAUCAUUAUUUAAUUAUUUAUUCUAUUUAUAAAGCACUCUAGGUAGUCAUAAAUACAGGUUGCUGUCAUACAUAAAUUAUUUUAAUUAAGUAAUCCUAGUAGAUUUGCUACUAGGACUAUGUGCAUACUCAUGAUCAGUGUGUACAUUUUAGUAGCUAUUGACACUGUAGUGUGUACAUUUUUAGUAAUUUUACUUGAUGUAGUAGCAAAGUCACUAACUUUUGUACAGCAUUGAACACAUACAAACGUUCUGUGUU